GCAACAGAGGCUUCGCGGAGCCCAGGGAGUGGUGGGGGGAGGGGGUCGCGAGCUCAGGUCGCUUUCAAUGUGUUUAUGUGCGUGUGCUGGUGCCUAUGGGAGAGCGCAGUAUGUGGCCUCUGUCUGUCCGAUCACUCUUCGGGCAAAACGCUCGGUGUCUGCCCUCGCCCUAGUGGAGUGAGCGAGUGAUAUCGGCGCGCAGAGCCCGGCAGCGGGUACAGAUUGCCGAGUGCGUGUGCGGAAUAACACACGAAAGAGGACGGGAAGAAAACUUAAACAUGGCGUUGAGGGAGGAGGGGGAUUCGGCGGCGCACAACAACACCAGCAACGCCAAGUGUCAGGAGGAGAACAGUCGCAACGGUUAUGUGAAGAGCUGCGUCACCCCUCUGAAACAGGACGGCGGGUUUUCAAUCUGCAGGUGGUGUAACUUGGAGAGACUCGGCUUGGUGCGUCCGAAACUUGCAGCCUUUUACCUCGGGGGCGGCUGCAGUGCCUUUGCAAUCGUCGCGCUAUCCAUCCUGGCCAGGAGAUGCCUGGACGCGCAGUUUCUUUCAUCCUUGCUGCAGACUUUCCAGACGGCAUGGGCAAUCGCAUUCCAGUCUGUCAGCCCUCUCUUUAGCAUCUGCUGUGCCUUCUUUUGGUUGACAUUUUAUCUGAGGAAGAGCAAACGAGAAAGCAGCACGGCUUGGCUUCUGUCACUGCCUCCAUGUUGCUACCUCGGAGAUUUCUUGGUGGUGCAAGUUUUGCUCGGUGAGGACCAGCUGUAUCUUUGCAGGUUGCUGGCUCCGACCGUGGUGCUGGGUUGUGUGGGCUUGCUGACAUUGCUCUCCACUUUGAAAGUGAAACAAAGCGUCCUGAUCUUGCUGUUCGCCGGCGUUCUUAGGUUGGCUUCCAUCACCAGUUUGAUCGCCCUCCCAACAGCUCUAAGACCCCUCUUGGCCUGUGGGGUCGGGAUGGUGGGGGCUACCAUUGCUGUAUAUUUUGAUUACCUAUUUCCGAAAGAAGCUCGUCGCAGGAUAACCACUGAAGAAAAAAUCCCAGUGAUCAAACCGCGAAGGAGAUCGAGUUGUGUUUCGUUGGGAGAAACAUCAACCAACUAUUAUGGUGGGUGCAAGAUGCCCAGGAGGACAUCGUUGCCUUGCAUAUCGAGAGAGCAGAUGAUCCUAUGGGACUGGGACUUGAAACAAUGGUUCAGAAAUUAUCAAUUUCAGAAUUUGAGUAGUGGUUAUGGAUUGGAUCCUGCUGUUAUGGGUGAGGCGCAAAGUCUGGUUACAGAUCUUCUCGCUGACCCAUCCCUCCCUUCGAACAUCACCACAUCCCUGCGAACCAUCAACAGCCUGAUUGCAUCCCAACUCACAUUCUCUAAUACACAUAGACCAAGAGUGAAUCCACUUACAUCAUUUUCUGAGUCUUACUCCUGUUCAGAAAUGGAGGAUUUAUCAGAUAAAGGGGAAAAAAUAUUUCCAAAGCGUUUAAGACGAAGUUUACCGACUGGACAGCUUAGAAGAAACACAGGAUCAUGGACAACCACCACAUCAGCUACUGGUUUGCCAACAAUGGAACCUGCUCCUCUUAGAUGGGACCGAAGCAAUGGAAUGAAACCCCAUCCAGAGAGUGGGUCAGUGAGUACUUUAAAUGCAGGUUCACAGGCAAAUGGACCUUCCAGUUCAAACCUGUUGACAAUUCCCAAAUCUCGGUCUGCAUCCCUAUCUUUAACAUCUCAUCAUGUUGGACCCAGGCGGGCAGGUAUUUCUCCUAGCCUCAGUCCUGUGAAUUCCCCAAUUCAUGGUCCUGGGUCAAUAACGGGUUUCAACCGCUCACCGGUGGAAUUUCCUGAUACAGCUGACAUACUGACCAAACCCAGAGUGACUCUUCAUAAACCAAUUGGAUACACACUCAGUUCUCCAGAUUUUCAGCAAUCUUUUAGAAUGUCCAGUAGUGCUUUCUGCAGCAGUUGUGGACGAAAUAUGCUUAGACCUGUACAAAAUAUAGAUUUAGGAGACAGCAGUUUGCAGUCAGUUGCAGAAUCGCCCUGUACCAAAACACAAGAUGAAGGUACAGCUCCUGACAAUGGAUUUAAGGAUGAACACAUACCCGGAGCUGACAAAAGGGGACAAUUAGAAAAUGAAGGAUCCAUGAAAUUUACUGGUAAUGUGGACCAGCAGAUGCAAGUGCAAAAUAAUCAGUCUGGGCUGCCAGAACUUUCAGUUGAGCUGAUCGAAGGACAAGGCACUGACCUAUGCAUGGAAAAGCUAAAUAAUUGGAAUUUUCCCAUUUUUGAACUUGUGGAGAUGACAGGUGGACAAUCUGGAAGAAUUCUUAGUCAGGUCAUUUACUCCCUGUUUCUUGAUACUGGCUUAUUUGAUCUCUUUAAAAUCCCUAUUCGGGAAUUUAUAAGCUACUUUCGUGCACUGGAAAAUGGUUACCGUGACAUUCCAUACCACAAUCGUGUCCAUGCAACUGAUGUGCUUCAUGCUGUUUGGUACUUAACUACUCGACCUAUUCCAGGAUUCCAGCAAAUAAACAGUGAUCACGUCAUGGGAAGUGAUACAGAUUCUGAUAGUGGAAUAUCACCAGGCCGGAUUGCCUACAUGUGCUCCAGAAGUUGUGCCAUUUCUGAUGAUAGCUAUAACUGUCUUGCAUCAAACAUCCCAGCUCUGGAGUUAAUGGCACUUUAUGUUGCCGCUGCCAUGCAUGAUUAUGAUCAUCCUGGACGUACUAAUGCAUUUUUAGUAGCAACAAAUGCACCUCAAGCUGUCCUUUAUAAUGACAGAUCCGUCUUAGAGAAUCACCAUUCUGCCGCUGCAUGGAACUUGUUUAUGUCCCGUUCAGAGUUCAACUUCUUGGCAAAUCUGGAUCAUGUUGAGUUCAAACGUUUUCGUUUCUUGGUGAUCGAAGCAAUCCUUGCUACUGAUUUGAAAAAGCAUUUUGACUUCCUUGCUGAGUUUAAUGCAAAGCAGGUAAAUGAAGUCAAUAAUCCAGGAAUUGAUUGGACCAAUGAGAAUGAUCGUCUAUUAGUAUGCCAGGUGUGCAUUAAACUGGCUGAUAUCAAUGGCCCCGCAAAGAUGAGGGAGUUGCAUCUGCAGUGGACAGAAGGCAUUGUCAAUGAAUUCUAUGAACAGGGAGAUGAAGAAGCAAGUCUUGGGUUACCCAUUAGCCCUUUCAUGGAUCGGUCUUCACCUCAGCUAGCAAAACUGCAGGAAUCUUUCAUUACACACAUUGUAGGUCCUCUGUGUAAUUCCUAUGCUGCUGCAGGAUUACUACCAGGUCAGUGGGUAGAUGAUGAUGAUACUGAUCCAGAAUGUGGUGAGGAUGAUGAGGCAGAAGAUUUAGAAACUGAAGAUGAAAUAGAUGAUGAGGACCUUGAUCUUUCAACAAGGCAGGGAAGGAAAAGAAAAGGAAGGCGGAGAAUCUUCUGUCCGAUUAUGCAUCACCUAACAGAAAAUCAUAACCUGUGGAAGAAAGUCAUUGAAGAGGAGGAACAUGAACAGCAAUGCAAGUCAGAGUUAAAUAUACAACAAACAGAUAACUCGUCUUUACCUCAAACUUCAGAUGAAAUCCAGGUAAUCGAAGAAGCAGAUGAAGAGGAAGAGAGACCACAAGGGGAGGAGAGACAGUGCUGAGAAGAGAAGAUGCAGUGCUAAUUAACCAACAUAUUAAAGCCUCACUCUGCUGACAUCAGAGACUGAUAUACUUCCUUGUUAAAAGGCCUUAAUACUGUGAGAGGAUUCUAGCACUCAGCAGAAUCCCACUCCUAUAUGCACUUUCACCCAUGGAAAGAUUCGUGUAUACCAUGGAACAAAGCCCUUGUGCCCCUGUGGUGUCCAAAUGUUUUCAUGUUGAUGCUGCCUUUCAGAAUGAAGAGUGCUCAGUUUCCAUGUGGUACUGGAGGAUGUUGCAAAACUUCAGCUUAGCAACUGCUGUUACCAAAGUGAACUACAAGUUUACUGUAUUCCGUUAGUAAGGAGGAAGGUGGACUUUAGGCAUGUAUCAGAUGUCCAGCAUCUAUAUCAGGUGGACUUGAAAAUUGUGGAUUGUGUCUGUAGCAAUUCAGAAUGGAGCACUGCAGUAAAGAGCCUUGUUGUAAGGGCCCCUGAUUAUUUUUUCUCUGAAAGUAUCUGCUUUAAUGCAGGUAAAAUUCUUGUAGAAUCUUUGUCUCAUUAUUUGACUGCAGAAGAGAAUGUCAGUGACUAAAAAUUCUAGCUGCAUCAUUUUUUUUGAUGCUUUUUAAUGUACAAUUUGCCUUGUUGGAUUUUGCCUUUCUUGUGCUGGAAGUAACCAGGAAUGCACAGUGGCCAAGCAUUUCAGUUUGCCCGAACAUAACUGUUCUGUAAUAGAACAGAAGAGUAAUGUUAAUGAUGAAGGGAUUUUUAAUAUUAUAGUUCUUUUCUCACUGCAACUCAGGAUCCAUGCUAAAAUACAUGAAACAAUGCCAUUGAAGUUAUGCAGGUUGAAAGAGAAAAAAACAAUUGACAUAAUUUACAUGUUAUUUUGAAUCUAAUUUUGUUUGGGAAAUUCAACUGGUCCUUCAUGUCACGUACCAUACACAGACCUCCUCACUUAUGUAUCCACGUUGCUAAUAAUAUGCAUUGGUUAUUGCACAUCUUGAGACUGAAAGGUUACUGUGUAUUCCAUUCAGUAUACCUUGAAAAUAGUAAAAUACUUGCCAAUAUGA